CGUAAAUCGUUGAUAUAUUGUGAUCGAAACUCAUCCGAAAAUGGUACCACUUGGACCUUCACCAGGGCAUCAGUCAUCCGUCAAUAAUACCGCAACUGCACCUCCUGCCACUGGAACAAAAAGCAGUUCCACACUGAAACCAAAUUAUACUCUGAAAUAUACAUUAGCAGGUCAUACUAAAGCAGUUUCUUCCGUGAAAUUUAGUCCUAAUGGAGAGUGGCUUGCAAGUUCUUCUGCUGACAAAUUAAUAAAGAUAUGGGGAUCCUACGAUGGAAAGUUUGAGAAAACCAUAUCUGGCCAUAAGCUUGGUAUCUCAGAUGUAGCAUGGUCUAGUGAUAGUAGACUAUUGGUAUCUGCAUCUGAUGACAAAACUUUAAAAAUUUGGGAAUUAAGUUCCGGGAAAUGUUUAAAAACAUUGAAGGGUCAUAGUAAUUAUGUUUUCUGUUGUAAUUUUAAUCCACAGUCGAAUCUUAUAGUUUCUGGCUCUUUCGACGAAAGCGUUCGAAUAUGGGACGUAAGGACCGGAAAAUGUUUAAAAACGUUACCCGCUCAUUCGGAUCCCGUAAGCGCGGUACAUUUUAACAGGGAUGGAUCGUUGAUCGUGUCUAGUAGUUACGACGGAUUGUGUCGAAUUUGGGACACAGCAUCAGGCCAGUGCUUAAAAACUUUGAUAGACGAUGAUAAUCCUCCAGUAUCUUUCGUAAAAUUUUCACCAAAUGGAAAAUACAUUUUAGCUGCAACAUUAGAUAACACGUUAAAACUUUGGGACUACAGCAAAGGAAAAUGCUUAAAAACGUACACUGGCCAUAAAAACGAAAAGUACUGUAUAUUCGCAAAUUUUUCCGUCACGGGAGGAAAGUGGAUCGUUUCGGGUUCGGAGGACAAUAUGGUAUAUAUUUGGAAUUUGCAGACCAAAGAGAUCGUGCAGAAACUGCAAGGACAUACAGAUGUCGUACUAUGCACAACGUGCCACCCAACGGAUAACAUUAUAGCUUCGGCCGCUCUUGAAAAUGACAAAACUAUCAAAUUAUGGAAAAGCGACACGUAGAAGGGACACGUCGGUUAUGGAUGGUUUUAUUGAAACUUUCAAGGUGCUUUUGCACUUGUUGAAUACACACUCUCUUUUUUUUUUUUUUGUCUCCGAGGCUUUCUUAAUUCUCGAUCGCAGCACUAUUUGUAAUUUCGACGGUCGAUUCGUCUUCCGUGUUACCGUGGAAAGUGGAAUUUCAGUUUCAUAAGCGUAGAGCUCUGGAUGUGGUACCGAACGUUAAUUCGGAAAAUGCAACUUCAAACGCCAUACACGAGUGCGCGCACAAUCUAAUCUACAUAGGAUUCUAAUUAAAAUCCAUUAAGCUGAGUAGACCAUGUUAGAGAACAGCAACGCUUGAACUAAUGGUUUAAAAGAUAAAAGGGCACAAGCAUAAAAUGUAAAUGGCAAAGUUAUAUGCUUAGAUGAACAAUUUCCUCAUUUUUGAUAUUUAUCGUAUAGUUAGUCACUUUAUUCUUGCAUCUAUGCGCCACUUAUAAAAACACGUAUAUAGUUUUUCGUGUAUAGUCCAAAAUAAAACAGUGCGUAGAGAUAUUAUUAAACAGUUAACAUGUAUUAAAAAAAAAAAAAUAAAAAGAAUAAGGAAUCAAGCGAAUCAAAACGAAUGCUUGUAA